AUGGUUUUCAUGGUUGAUAAUAAUAUUAGAUUGCGGGUUAAAAAUCUCGGCACCGCAUUCCGAACUCUCUUCUCUGCCCUCCCUCUCUUCCAUGACCGACACGCUGCCGGGUCAGAUCCGAAUCCGGAUCAGAAUUCACGGAUUUGGCCGCUUGUUGAAGAUGCUGCUAUCCUUCUUCGCUGCUGCAUGGUUUCUCUGACACUCCUUCACUCCGACCAGAAGUUCCUCGUCGACAAGACGCGUUUUCUCCACCGUGCACUCCACGCCUUCGUCUCCGUCCACGUCGCCAAUUGCCGCCUGCGCUUCCGGAACUUCGUCUCAGGUGCUGACGUGGAACUAUCCGAUUCUUGCCGUCUGUUUCUGUGUGCGCUGCUAGAGGUUUUUGCAGAUGAGCUUCUAAGACAUCAAACUUUAAGAAGCUAUCUCAUGCUUGUCGAUUCAGUAUCUUCCAUGGGUGAAAAGCUUUUUGUGCACAAUUCCAUGCAUCAUGAUUUUGCAAGUGUUCUGUUGGUGAUAGCUGUCCAUUUUAAUCUGUCAGUUUCUAAUGAGAAUGCUUUUGAGAAUUUUGUCAGUAGAUUAUUUUUGCAUUGUGACAAGGAUUCUCGAUUUCCUGGACUUAGCCCUGCACCUGCCAUAUCAUUGCUUUGCUGA